AUGCAAACACAUAAUUUCCCAAAUAUCUUCCAAUGUAUUCGCUAUUUAUGGCGGACAGAGGGCCCGCGUGGCUACGUUGCUGGAGCUCUGCCACCUUUGGCGAGUGUCACGGUGGUUCGGGUGAUUAACUUCUCCACGUACUCCAACGCAAAGCAUAGUAUAUCCGGUCUUUUUGAAAGAAUCACUGGCGAAUCUCCUUUGGCACACUACAAUAGGCCGGGUAGUGGUCCUACCGCGUCGAGUAUCUUAACGUUCACCCUUUCUGGAUUCUGUGCCGGUGCUAUUACCUCCCCCCUGGCCUGUCCGUUUGAACUCACCAAAAACGUUGUUCAAACCUCUGUUUUGGUAUCUAACCGCUCUAUGGCGGCCCCUGAUGCGGUCAGAGACCCUAAUUUGCGCAAUAAGCCGCGACUGAAUACCAUUGAAGCGGUCAAACAAAUCGUCCAGCGCUAUGGGUUCCGUGGCCUUUACACCGGGUUUCAUCUACAUGCUUUGCGAGAUAGCGUUGGGUCCGCCCUAUACUUUGGAGUCUACGAGACCGUCAAACAGAUCACGGCUAAAAAAUUAGGCCCUGACACUUCUCCGUUUGGCGGCACUAUCGUUGCGGGGGCCGUUUGCAGUACCGUGCCCUGGUUCUGCACUUAUCCCCUCGAUACCCGCAAAACACGCGCGCAGAGCGUUCUGCUUGGAAAGACCAAGCAAGUUGGAGAGGCCUCGGCGGCCGUUUCCAAAUCGAGCAUGUACAAAGGCAUCUCUAUCAUCCUGUUCCGGACAGGCAUCAAUAACAUGAUCUUGCUGAGUCUAUUCGAAUAUAUUAAGGCGCGCAUCAACCAGCUGGAGAUAUAG